AUGGCCGCCGAGGUGCUGCUCGGAGCCGAGCGCCGCGUCCUCAUCAGCGGCUACGGCGCCCUCCCCGCGCCGCCGCCUCCGGAUAGCCUGCUCGGCCGCCUGGACCAGAUCGACCUACGGCUGAGGCAGCUGGAGGACCAGCGGUGGCCGUCCUCCGCCGCCGAGGACGUCGACGGCGGUGUCUGCUUCGCCGAUUCCGACUCCCGCAGCGGCGCGACGGCGCGGCACCAGCACAGCAAGUCCAUGCCCUCGGCGCUCCAGCCGCAGGAGAAGCAGGCGCACGUCCUGCGGGGCACGCUCAUGGACCGCCUCAACCUGCUCGAGUCGCGCAUCAGGCAGCUCAGCUGCGAGCUGGACCUGGACGGCGGGAGCGGCAAGCCCGCGUCCCUCGCGCCGCCUGUGGAGGAUCGCGCGUGGUCCGAGCCGCCUCUGCCGGAGCCGCGCGGCGGAGACGUCAUUCGCGCGCACGCCGCGGCGGGAGGCGCCGGGGCUAACUGGAGCGCCGUGCAGAUCCUGCAGAGGGGCGCUCGCCAGCUCCACCGCAACAAGCCCAACCACCCUGCCAAGGUGAAGAAGCUCAAGGAGACCAAGUGCGCGUGCGAGGAGGAGAAGAGGAAGGCGGAGCGAAGCAACAAGGCAUCCGCUGGCCGAAGGUGGUUCCCCAUCGGGUGCUAA